UUGCCUUCAAUACCGAAAGUUUGCCAAACUUACUUUUGGUUUAUUCUUUUUUUAGGAAAGGUAUACCAUUCGCGUGUGGAAAUAAGUGGCCAGUUCGUUCACUUGGGUGGGCCAUUUUCUUUGGAACGAUCAGAAAGCUUGGUAGAUCUGUUCAAGCAUGCAAUUCAAAUAUCUUGCAGUCGCGAACGAGAUAAUCUGAUGCAUCGACGUGGUGAAGAAGCGGAAGCAUCUGAAAUCCGAUUACAGUAUCCUCUAUCACGCCUGUCACUCCUCCCUCAAUUACAGUAUCUCUGUCGGUUGAAAAUAAGGCUAACGGUUCGAUAUGAUCAGUUAUCAUCGUUGCCACUCUCUCCGAAAUUAAUGGCCUAUGUGGCUGAUCCAAAAUUUUUGAUACCAAAUAUUAGCGAAUGCUUGCGGGUACUUGAGGAGAGAAGGGAAAGAAAACUAAUGAUGGGCUGUAUGCAUAAUAAUAUUUGCAAUGGCGAUUAA